UUGAAAUUGGAGUGGGAUGAACUACUAAGUCCUGAACUUUACGAACAAUGGAUCUUAAUUGCUGAGGAUUUAACCGCUGCUCGUGAUAAUCAAAUCAACCGGAAAUAUUUUGACAAGACUUCUCCAGGUGAUACCUAUCAAAUGCACACUUUCGCAGACGCGAGCACUUCCGCGUAUGGUGCUGUUGUGUUUCUUCGUCGCCAGCACGAAACGGCUCUUGUCAUGUCAAAGACACGAGUCGCCCCUAAAUCGGAAUUAUCUCUGCCGAAAUUGGAAUUAAUGGCUGCACUGAUCGCUACGAGACUCGGUAAACUCGUACUGAAUGCUCUAUCGGACAAAUUCAAUAUAACUGAACAUUUCCUGUGGUCCGACAGUCAAGCGACCUUGCAUUGGAUUAAUAGCAGUAAGAAGUUGCCAGUAUUUGUUCAAAAUAGAGUGCAAGAAAUACGCGACUUCACACAAGAAUAUAAAUACUGUCCAACCGUGGACAAUCCCGCGGACUUACUAACGAGAGGUAUAUCAGCUAAUGACCUCCGUUCAAACCCCAAAUGGAAUUAUGGGCCGUCAUGGUUACCAGAUCAACAAAUGUGGCCAACAUGGGAUGUAAACAAUGCUACUCAACUACAUGUCAACAUCAUGAAGGAAGAUGACGACCUCGUCAACCCGGAUACUACUUCGCCAGUCAUCAACGCACAAACCGCUCGUGAAGCGACUGAUGAAAGUGACAACGGCGUUCAACGCAUUAUUGACAUCAUCCAGCGAUGA